UGACCUGGUUGAACUUUUAUUGAGGGAAAAGGAGAGAAAUACGAAAAUGCUAAAUUUUGUAAGCGCUUUGAUUGCGUGAAAUGGGGUUCAUAGUAUCGACAAGGACUAUGAUGAUCGUGGUCUCUUGGUAUCGAUGAUAUAGAUUUUUCAAGAACUGAUUUUGACGUCACAAGAGAUUUUCGACACGCCGCGCGCGCUACAAACUAGCGCUUCGAUGACGUAACAAACAACAAAACAGGUUGCGCCGUACCUUGGCUCAGUUCAACUUUCGCUGCAGUAUGCGGCUCAGGAGUAGGAACAGAAAAACUAAAGCGUCAAAGAAACCCGCUCAACACGAUCGCUACUUCAAGAAAAUAGCAAAAAACUGCAUUCCUGUGGAAGAACUUCCGUCAUUAGUAAAGCAUACAAGACACAUACAAAAAUUUAUUCCAGUUCAACGGUAUUUUCGAUGCAGAUGUAAUCACGCAUGCACUGUUAUCACCAAAUGGACAAAACAGGAAAGAGACACGUUUGAGCGGUGUUACAAAGGCUUGGCUGAUGCACACCCAAGACAAAACAAGUUUGUGCAGAUAUCACAGAGACUCCCAAACAAGAGUAUUGCAGACUGUAUACAAUUCUACUACUCGUACAAAAACAGACUGACGUUCAAGAGAGAAGAGGUUGGGAUCAUCAUUUAUUUCUGUCUUUCAAUUCACAUACUAUUGUGACGCAAUGUUUGGUAACAAAGAUCCGUACCCCACAACUCCAAAUAGUCUCGGCCUCUGGGCUUGACCAGAACAGUUUCUAUGAAAAGAACGUAUUUUUCCACCAGGAAAGAUACCAAAAUAUCCCCCUAUCCCCAAUGGAUAUUCCGGGGGGCCAGGGGGCUUAUUUCACGCAAUCAGUCAUUAAUUUAGAUCUCCGUUUCUCCCUUAGAGGAGGGCUAAAGCCCUAAGAAAAAGCUGCAAACAUUAAUGGGACACUCUAGAUAUAUCAAGGAAGCAAAAAAGGAAUAAAACACAGAAAGGGGAAAUCAUGAGCCGUGACCUUAUCGAAAGAAUAAGAAAAUAGCACGACGGCGUUGACGCAAACUUGUACUUGUUUCCUAUUAUCAUGUCACGUGCACAAUGCUAGUGUUCAUAAAGGAGUGGACUUUUGAAUAUCAAAUUUUAGCGACAGCGAGCAAACACGGCAUGAGCGUGAAUGGCAACAGGAAUGAGAGGAACGGGAGAAGUACAAAUACAAAGACAUUAUCGCAUGAGAUCAGUUUAUGUUAAAGAACUUCUCUUGUUUACAAUCAAGUCAGCCUUGGAAAUAUUGAUCUUUGACUACUACUGCUGGGUUGAUGGCCUGCAAUAGAAAAGAAAAACAGGGACAGAAGUUAAUUCAUUCUUAAGUUUAGAGUAUUAACAUCAUCGUAUUAUCAUGAUUGUUCUCCUAGGUACUAUAUAUCUAUCUAUUAUUUUAUUUUAUCUAUCUUUUAUCUAACUAUCAGCCGGAGAAGCAUUUUUCGGUAGACGGGAUGUGGCUAUGUCAUCGAUGGAGCGUCUAAGUUCACAAUUCGUGUGCCGUGCGGAUGACUAAACGCAUCACAACUAUUCAUGUGGGAUUCCACAAACCUAGAUUCCGCCUCUCCCCUAACGACGUGUUGUUUUAGUAAACGGUUGGCCACGAAAAAGUCAUGACGUACAGUUCCUUAAAGAGACCAACCCAACAUAACCAAAAGACAAUGAUUACAGUGUAAGGUCAAUCACGCCGCCAUUUUACACUUCCGCGCAAUACCCCGUGACUCAACGAAUCCAUUUGCAUCGGCUAAUUCAACAAGUAACUGAGAAACUUUCAAUCAAAUAAAAUAAAUAAUGAAUCGGACUUCAAUCGUGGGUGAUUAUUUUAAACUUUUCUGCAAAUAAACCGCUGUAAUUUCAAUUGCAAACAAUAACAAAUAAAAACUCGUAUUUUAAUGUCA